CGGUCCCGCGGGCCCUCCGGCGGAGCUGGCGGUGGUCUUUCUGCUGGAGCGGCGAGGCGGGGAGCAGUGCUGACUUUCUGUAGCGACAGGAAGUUGGAAACUGAAAGUACAGUAAUUCGGAGCUCUCCAGGGCCCGUGAGGCUGCGGCUCUCCUCGGACUUUGAUCUCCUGUGGGGCGCAGGGUCAGCCGCGUCUCUGCCUCCCCCCAGCUCGCUCUUCAUCCGGUGUCGAGUUUCAUUUCUUUUUCUGCUUCUCUCCAGCAUCCCCCCGCCCCCUGACUUUCCGCUUAAGGUACAGCUGCCCCAGGCUGGUGGUGUCUGCGUUCCUAGGAAGAGCGACUGGAAACGUCUUUUGGAGGCGGAAUACUAAUUGGUCCUGGCGGGAAAUAAGGGGUGUUGUUGACUGAAGUAGUCACAAGAUGUACAGCUGGCUUUUCCCAGGCUGUUGCUGUUUGACGUUUAGGGCAUUUAAGUAAAGACUAGAGUUUUCCUCCUCCUCAGAACUGCUCGCCUAUCUCUUUGGUUGGUGGAUCAGAGCCUCCCUCCACCCUUGUCUCCCACCCACCACCCCACUGCGUGAAAAACUUGGUACGUCAAUAUUUAGGACUGGCAGUGGUGUUUUCGUUAAGAUGUAGUGUGAUUCAAUUUUCCUGCCUCGGGAAUUCUCUCUUUGAUUUUAUUUAAACAUUAAAACUGCAUGAAUGGAAUCCGUCACAUUCUUAGCUCUUGGCUAUGGACAGUGCUAUCACCCUGUGGCAGUUCCUCCUUCAGCUCCUACAGAAGCCUCAGAACAAGCACAUGAUCUGCUGGACGUCUAAUGAUGGGGAGUUCAAGCUUCUGCAGGCAGAAGAGGUGGCUCGUCUCUGGGGCAUUCGAAAGAACAAGCCUAAUAUGAAUUAUGACAAACUCAGCCGAGCCCUCAGAUACUAUUACGUAAAGAAUAUCAUUAAAAAAGUGAACGGUCAGAAGUUUGUGUACAAGUUUGUCUCUUACCCAGAGAUUUUGAAGAUGGAUCCAAUGACAGUAGGCAGGAUUGAGGGAGACUGUGAAGCUUUAAGCUUUAGUGAAGUCAGCAGCAGUUUCAGAGAUGUGGAGAAUGGAGGGAAAGAGAAGCCACCUCAUCCUGGCGCCAAGACCUCUAGCCGCAAUGACUAUAUACACUCUGGCUUAUAUUCUUCCUUCACUCUCAACUCUUUGAACUCCUCCAAUAAGAAGGUUUUCAAAUCUAUAAAGAUUGAGAAUCCAGCUGAGAAAUUGGCAGAGAAAAAAUCUCCUCAGGAGCCAGCACCAUCUGUCAUCAAAUUUGUAACAACACCUUCCAAAAAGCCACCAGUUGAACCUGUCGCUGCCGCCAUUUCUACUGGCCCAAGUAUUUCUCCAUCUUCAGAAGAAACUGUCCAAGUGCUGGAGACUUUGGCUUCCCCCAAACUGCCUUCCCUGGAAGCCCCAGCCUCUGCAUCCAAUGUAACUGCUGCUUUUACUGCCACGCCUCCUGUUUCGUCCAUGCCCCCUUCUUUGCAGGAGCCUCCUAGAACACCUUCGCCACCGCUGAGUUCUAACCCAGACAUUGACACAGACAUCGAUUCGGUGGCUUCUCAGCCAAUGGAACUUGCAGAGAACUUGCCACUGGAGCCUAAAGACCAGGAUUCAUUUUUGCUAGAAAAGGACAAAACAAAUAAUUCAUCAAGAUCCAAGAAGCCUAAAGGAUUAGAGCUGGCACCCACCCUUGUGAUCACAGGCAGUGAUCCGAGCCCACUGGGAAUAUUAAGUCCAUCUCUCCCUACAGCUUCUCUUACGCCAGCACUUUUUUCACAGACGCCCAUCUUACUGACUCCGAGCCCCUUGCUCUCCAGUAUCCACUUUUGGAGUACUCUUAGCCCUGUUGCUCCCCUGAGUCCAGCCAGACUGCAAGGUGCUAACACCCUUUUCCAGUUUCCUUCUGUACUGAACAGUCAUGGGCCGUUCACUCUGUCUGGCCUGGAUGGACCUUCCACCCCUGGCCCAUUUUCCCCAGAUCUACAGAAAACAUAACCUAUGCACUUGUGGAAUGAAAGAACAAAGGAAUAAAGAAGCGGGGACGUUCAACAUGAUUAUAUUUGAAGUGAGCAAUUGAUAGUUCCACAAUGCUGAUAAUAGACUAUUGUGAUUUUUGCCGUUCCUCAUUGAAAUGCCUUUUUAGGUUUUCCUUUGAAUAAGACUCAAAUUGGACUAUGUAUAAAAAUGCCUUAAUUGGAGUCCUAA